AUGCCGGCGUUUGUACGCACAGUCGCUCCCUUCCUGCGGACAUCUCGGGCUGCCCUGCAGCAGGGCAAUUCCGUCAGCCCUCUGUUCCACGCCUUAUGCCGCCAGAAUGGAGGAGCAUCGGUGUUAAAUGCUGCGAGGACCUACGCGACUGCCUUCGAGCGCACGAAACCCCAUGUUAACAUUGGUACAAUCGGACAUGUUGAUCACGGCAAGACAACAUUGACAGCAGCCAUCACCAAGAGACAGGCCGAGAAGGGCCUCGCCAGCUUCCUCGACUACGGCUCCAUUGACAAGGCGCCAGAGGAGCGGAAGCGUGGAAUCACCAUCUCGACAGCACACAUCGAGUACUCGACUGAUGCCCGCCAUUAUUCCCACGUCGACUGUCCCGGUCACGCCGAUUACAUCAAGAAUAUGAUUACGGGAGCUGCCAACAUGGACGGAGCUGUGAUCGUCGUUGCCGCCUCUGAUGGACAAAUGCCCCAGACAAGAGAACAUCUGCUGCUCGCCAGACAGGUCGGUGUCCAGAAGAUUGUAGUGUUUGUCAAUAAGGUCGAUGCAUUGGAGGACCCGGAGAUGUUGGAAUUGGUUGAGAUGGAGAUGCGUGAGCUACUUACCACUUACGGUUUCGAGGGUGAGGAGACACCAAUUGUCCUUGGUUCGGCACUUUGCGCUCUGGAUGGCCGCAGACCUGAGAUUGGAGAGCAAAAGAUCGAUGAGUUGAUGAACGCUGUCGACAGCUGGAUCCCAACCCCUCAACGUGAUCUUGACAAGCCUUUCUUGAUGUCCGUCGAGGACGUAUUCUCCAUCCCCGGUCGUGGAACUGUCGCGUCCGGCCGCGUCGAGCGUGGUACCCUGAAGAGAGAUCAGGAGGUCGAGCUCGUCGGAAAGGGAGACGUACCACUGAAGACCAAGGUUACCGAUAUCGAGACCUUCAAGAAGUCCUGCGAAGAGUCCCGCGCCGGUGACAACUCCGGUCUCUUGCUCAGAGGUGUCAAGCGUGAAGAUGUCCGUCGUGGAAUGGUUAUCGUGCAACCCGGAACUACGAAGGCGCACAAGCAAUUCUUGGUGUCCAUGUACGUGUUGACCAAGGAGGAAGGAGGACGCCACACCGGAUUCCAUCAAAACUACCGCCCACAAAUCUUCUUGCGCACAGCCGAUGAGGCAGCUGCGCUUUUCUGGCCGGAGGGAACUGAAGAUGCUGAUUCGAAGAUGGUCAUGCCCGGAGAUAACGUCGAGAUGAGAUGCGAGAUCCACCAGGCUGUUGCCGUGGAGGUCGGACAGCGGUUCAAUGUCCGUGAGGGAGGCCGCACCGUCGCUACUGGCUUGGUCACUCGGAUUAUCAAGUAA